UGGAGAGGUUACUAAGCAAGAUGGUGGACGGAGUUCGACGUUGAAGAUGUUUUUAUGCCGAUUGGAUUUCUUUCACUAAAAGAAACUGCAUUAUUGAAAGCAACUCGUCUCAACUAGAAAUGAACUCAUUGAGAUCUUUAGGUUGUGCUUUGAAGUACCCACGAUCGAGUACAAUUUUGAAAUUCGUCAAAAACUCACUCUAGGCCACGUCACCAUGGAUAAUUUUUCGAUUUUCUGAUCACUCCAGUGGAUUGUUCUAAUGGCCAAAAAACUGUUUGGCUUCCAGCAGUUGGCAGGAGCCAUCAAGACUCUCGGUCUCAUCUUGUUUAUGUACAUUUUCUCGAUCAGUCUGACAUUUUACAACAGAUGGUUGUUACAGAGAUUUCAUUUCCCAUUGAGUGUCUCAGUGGUACACUAUGCACUGGUAUUUGUCAUUGCUGCAGUUCUGCGACUGCUAUGGGAGCUUAAGACUGAGAAGAAAAGAAUAAUUUUGCCUUGGUCUGUGUACAUGAAAAGAGUCUUACCCACAGCCAUGGCUUGUGCUCUAGAUAUUGGAUGUUCCAAUUGGAGUUUAAUGCUCAUCACAGUUUCACUGUACACUAUGACAAAAUCCACAAGCAUUAUUUUCAUUCUGAUGUUUGCUUUAAUUUUUAAAUUGGAACAAUGGAACUUUUCACUGAUGGCCAUCAUUCUGUUAAUCGCCAGUGGUUUGUUUUUGUUCACUUUUGAGGCGACUGAAUUCAAUGCUCAAGGCUUUGUCUUGGCUUUGACUGCUUCAGCACUGAGUGGUUUGCGAUGGACACUGGCUCAGAUUUUAACUCAAAAAGCAGAAUUAGGUCUUCACAAUCCCCUUGACACGUUGUAUCAUCUCCAGCCAUUUAUGACGUUAACACUUAUGCCCCUGGCUUUUUAUAUUGAAGGACAGCGUUUAGCCUUGUCUCCUCAACUGUUCAGUGCACAUGAUAGUUCUACUCUCUGGGUUACCAUUGCCAUGGUAAUGUUUGGCUGCUUCCUGGCUUUCAUGAUCAGUGUUGCCGAAUUUCUGCUGCUGUCUCACACGUCAAGUUUAACACUCACUAUUUCAGGGAUAUUUAAGGAAAUCUGCACCUUGUCUCUUGCCACUGAAUUUGCUGGUGAUAAAAUGACUACUGUGAACUUCUUUGGGCUUGUACUCUGUCUCAUUGGAAUAAGUGUCCAUGUGGUGAUCAAGGCAACAAAAGAUCCAGACAAUUCAAUUCAAAGUAUUGAAGAGCUGUCAAAUGGCGACAUUGAAUUAAAAGGACUGCUUCCAGAUAACUCAGCAUUGCCCGAGGAUGAGGAGGAUGAAGAGUUUGAACUAACUGUUCAUGGCCAGAGUUCUUAAUUUUUUUUUUCUGGCUCCGUUUUGAAACUGUAGCCAGCACCUUGUGAAUACAGGCCAGGGGAACAUGCCACGAUCAUUGUUUUCUUCAAAUUCAAAUGGACAAAAAUUCAAAAAAUGAAAUUUAUAUAUUUAUUAUUUAUUUCUAUACAAAUUUUUAGGGAGAUAUGUUUAAAUUUUAAUUGGCAUGUCACAGAAUGACAUUAUACCUAUUGUACAAUAAAAUAUGAAAGAAAUUCAUGUCCAGACAAAUUUUGGCCAAUAUUACAAAGUAAAGCAAUAUGGAAUUAAUUAUGUUUCAUGUUUGAAAAUGCAGAAAUUUUAGUGCUCUGUUUUGCUCAAAAUGGUAUAAUUUAACAUUCAAGACAUUUUCAAAAAGAUAACAUAACAGUGAGAAGAUGUUUCUUGGUGCUUGUAUAGAUGUAUUUUAUUGAGUUUGGGUGAAUUUGUCAAAAGCUGUUAAAAAUUGUAUUUUUGCUUGGACUUAUGCUGCACCAUAACCCUCAGCCUACAGAACAGGUGGAUUAAAGGGCAGAGUAAAAAGCGUGACACUCCAUGCUCCCUGUCAUGUGACACCUUGAUAAUCAUGUUUUGUUCUCUGCCCCCUACUCAGCCUGUUCUGCAACCUAUAUGACCAUCAUCAAUUGUCAUCAUGUGGGUCUACACAUAAGGCCACAGGCUACAGGACCUUGUUUUAGUGAUAACCAAUGAGAAAAAGAGAAGAGAAUAAAGUAAAGAAUAUCUUGCAGUCAUAGUUAUCUUGGCAUGAUCAAUAAUAAAUUAUAGAUCACAAAAUUCCAUUUGUAUUGGUUUACCUACUCAGGAUGGUACAGCUGAACAUUAUGCGAGUUUUGGCAAUCCAGUAGCUUGCUACGUAUCCUAGCUUGUCUUCUACACAGCUAUUGAGGGGCUCUGUCAUGCAAAUAUCUGCUGAAAUAUCCCCUCAUUAGGGUAGAGUGUGCUGCAUGACAAGACAGACUGGCUAGGAUAUCAGCAGAGUGCUGACAAACUCACAAUCUGACUGGCUAUAAAAUAUAAUGGAAACAGGGUUGUCAUAAUGUUUUCAAAUAGAUGGCUUUGUUUUUGGAGUAGGCAGGUGACUUUGUGCCACGUCCCCCCUCCUGAGGGAAUCCCAUAUAAAAAGGACGGGGAUGUUCGUCAUACCCUUUAGGGGAUAAAAAAGCGGUUUUGGUACCUCUUAGGGUUUUCAGCCUCAAAAGGUCCACAGCAGGAGCUUUUG